UCUCUCUCUCCCUUUCUCUCUCUUUUUAUUCUGUCCUCUUUUCUCUUUGUGCAUUUGCUUACCCUGUCAUGGAGUGACCUCUCUCUCUUUCUCUUUCUCUCUUUCUCUCUCUCUCUCUUUUCAGUGCCUGUGCUUCUUUCUUUCUCCUUUCACGUCCCUUGCCUCCUUCCCUUUGCAUCCCUCUCCGUCUGCAGAUGUGAACGAUGCAAGCCUGAGGUUGAAACAUUAGGACAGGGACACUGAGGACGACACAACCUGGUGGAAAUCGGAGGACAAACAGCAUAGGGAGAAGCUGAAUUGCUGCCACCGACACUUGCGGGUCCUGGACACAUGGAGUCUUUCUCAGGGGAAACUGAAGAAAGCAACGAGGACAUUCCAGGGCGUAAAAAAUCUAAGCUGAAGUCUUUGAGAACCCGUCUCUUUGGAAGGAAUAAGAAAACAGGUGAAGAAGGCAACAGUAAACUCAGCCAGUCCGCCAGUGACAUCACAGCUGGAAAGACGCUUGGAUCAGAUGAAGAUCUGGUAUGCUCCCAAGGGAUGAUGGGGUCGCGAGCGUUGUCUCAUGACAGCAUCUUCCUGGCUGAUCAGGCCCUGACAGACGCUGAACCAGUCAGGGUUUUAUCCCAGGAGAACGUCCACAGCAAAAUCAAAGCUCUGCAGGAGAAGCUUCAGCAGCAAAAGCUGCAUCUGGGGCUGCCACCUCCAGUUCUGUCGAUGAGACGACCAGAAGACCCGGGCAGCCGCUCAGAGGAUGACAGUCUUCCCCACAGCCCGUCUGAGAUCUCAGCAGGCCAUGUUGCAACGCAGGGAGUACUCAGCAAGGCCAUAUCCCAGCUCGGCUCUCAUCCACUUCCACCCAUUCCUAAACCUGCACCUACCAAAUCUGUGUCUCCGACCUUCCCUGUUUUGUCCAACUCUUCCCCGCCUGUUGUUGAGCCGCCGCUGGACUUCAGCUCUCCGGCCCAGUUCACUCCCUGCCUUGACACCUCUGCUGCCCGCCACCGAAUGUCUGUGAAACCCAGAAACCAGAGGGCCAGCACCAAAAAGAGACUCCCUGGAUCUGAUUCUGGAUCUUUAUUGCACAACCUAAACAACACUGAGUGUCUGACAGAAGAGGAGCCGCAGCUUGAAACACAAGCAGAGGAGACAGUGGAAACGGACAGAGGAGGGUCUGAUAUUCCAUUUACAUCCAGAGGUCCUUUCAAAAUCCCAGAACCUGCACCGGCACCGUCAGAGACAGCUCCCAAGACAUCCAGUUUAGGUUUUUCACAACAGGACAGUGCUCCUCCUGUGAAAGCGCUGCCUUCAUCCUCUCAGGUCCUUAGAAACAAACCUCACAGAUCUGUGGACAUAAUACGGCCUCAUUCAUCAUAUGUCCAAUCAGACCUGAUGGAAAAACCAGAAUCCACCGGAGACUUUAACAUACAAAUCAUGCCUCCUGACAAAAGGGAUACUCAAAACAAGGGUGGAGCGACUGAUUUCAAAUCUAAGAAAGACCAGUUCUCCUCUAGCUCUGGUUCAGCGGUCACAUUCAGGUCUUCAGGUGUUCAAGGUGAGACAGAGAACACAAGAGGAAUAAAGAGACCUGCUCCUGGAUCUGGAUCUUUUCAUUUCUCUGUCACCACUGCCAAAAACCGAGAUGCAGAGAGACCCCGAUCGGGCAGCUUUGUUGGUGUGCUGGAAAACACCGGAGCCCAACUAAAAACAGGAGAGGGAAAAGAGGACACGUCCCCUUCAAUCAUGAGGGAAAAGGAGGACGUUAAGGACUUAAGACCCAGAGGAGGCCCUGCUGAUGUGGGAAGACUUAGACAGGAGGGAGCUUUGCACAAAAGCCCAGUCCUUCCAUGGGACAGGGAUAGCCUCAAAAAGGUGGAAUCAGUAACACAGUCUAAAAAUAUAACCACAGAUGCAGGAGCCAUAGACCGUGAGGAGCCGGAGGGUAGUCAGGAGGCGAUGGAAGAGGCGGUGGAAGCAAAAGAGGUCCAUGAGGAGGAGGGAAAGACAGCGUUUGGUGUUAAACUACGCUCAACCUCCCAGUCUGUGAGAUUAAGGUCUGAGGUUUCUUCUUACCAACAAUCAAAGUCAACACUGAGGGAGGAGCAAAGUGAGAAACAAAGACAGGAAAUAAGUAAUAAUGCCAGCUUCAUUGUGAAAAAACAGCCUGUUAACGUCUCUUGUGCAGCAUCCACCUCUGGAGAUGCCAGACCAACAGAUGGAUCUACAGCUCCAUCUACUGUCAACUUUCCACUCAAGUAUAACCUGCAACCUACUGGUGUCUCUCACGUUCCUCCUACUGAAGUCAAAACAGAAGUAGAAGCUGCUCCUCAAGCGUCUCAGGAGCCCCAGCCUGCACCCCAAACAGCCUCCCCCGAGGUGUCCUGGAUGAGUCUAGCAAUGGAAAAGACAAGAAGCCUUCAAAGCCUUUUCACUAGCAGAUUCCCCAGAGAUUUUACAGGCGUGCAGACAGCGGCUCGACCACAAACACAAGCUCAGACAACAAAUCAAACAGAGACACAGACUGCAAAAAGUACAACACCGCUGUAUGCUGCAGGUCAGCCUUCAACUGAUGCAGUCAAAGCAGAAACACCAAAAAGUAAAACUCAAGAACAAACUGUCAAACCAUCACCGAUGCCAAAGGUAUCUCCUGUUGAGUCAAACAUCUUUAAAGAAGCACCAAAACAAACUGAGCCUCAGUUACAGCCAAAUGUGACAGAAUCUGCACCACAGACCAACACAUGGAGCAGUCCGGCUCCUCUGCGCUCUACUCAUCAAACAGAGACCACAUCUCAGUUUGCACAGUCUGGCCUUUCUUCAGGUCAACAUCCCGCAUCCCAGCAUCCUCCCUGGAGUAAUCGAAGUCUCCACACUACCAACCAGCUCAAACCCACACCUUCAGGUUUGACCGCCCCACCGGCUCCUUCUUCAGUUCCUGCUUCUGUGGGUGAGGAGAGUGCAGCUGAUGCACAGGAAAAAGACGGCCAACCACCACCUUCAGGGAGACGGGCGGUUUGGGGCGGGUCAGUGAGCCAGAAGGCCGCCUUUUUGGAGAAACGGACCGCUUCACCUGGAGCCAAGGGGGUGGAAGUGAAGAAAACCCAAACAGAAGUACAGUCGGCUGGUGAGAUGUCGGCCCAAACUACACCUCCUCUGACUAAAGACACAAAACCAGAGGGCAUUCAAGGGGUAAAACAUGCAGAGUUAAGCCCAGCUAAAGUUCCAGAGAGACCUCGAGAGGAGAGAUGGCUUCGAAAAAACAUGGCUCCAUCCUCAUCGCCUUCAUCCUCACCCACACUGCCAUCUGCGUUGUCUGACAGCGGCCAGCCGUCCUGGAUGGAACUAGCCAAGAGGAAGUCAAUGGCCUGGAGUGAUAAGACCAUGGACUAAAAGGGAAAACAGACAAAUCUACAGGCUGUUGACACAGCAAAAUGAACAGAUGUACACUAACUUCAUUAAAGUUAUAAUAUCGACUUUCUGAGACAUGUUGAUUCAGCUUUACGGUGAUUUAUGAGGCUGUUGUGUUUGUGCAUUGAACUGUAUUGUACUGUAAAGAGUUUAUGUUAUUUUGAGAGAAAAAAAUGAGUCUAUAUUGAAAGGGCCAACACUGUAAUCUUCCUCUGCCAUAACUACAUGAAGUAAAGGGUAUUUCUACUUUUCUGCUGUUAAUAGUUUCUUAAUUAACCAAAUUUCUAAUGGUAUUUUUUUGUCUGUAAUGUAAGAUUGUUAAGCCCCACAAUAUAAUAAAGUAUAUUAAAGAUAUUAACUGACUUAA